UGAGUGAUUAAGGGUAUAUCGGUGAUUUGUGGGAAAAAAAGGAAAAUUGUCACUUGAGCAAAUGAAUGCGGAUUUCGGGGAUUAAUAGGGAUAUCGAGGAUUUGACAAAAAAGAGUAUAAAAUAAAGAAGAGUUAACAGAGACACAGAUUAUCAUGAAAAAUUAUGAGUGAGGGUGUUUAAGAGAAUACAAGAAUAUGAGUGAUAUCAGGGGAUUUAUAUUAGAAACAUUUAGUUCUGAGGAGAUAUGGAGGAUUUGAGAAAUAAAGUGCUGAUAUAUACGGGAUAAGGGAAUAUAGACGGGCAGAGGAUUUAAGAGUAAAAUUGAGUGAUAUCGCAGAUAGCGAAGACUAACUGUGAUCAUAGGGAUUGAGGAGCCUAAAUGUGAUGGAAGGUAAAUAGUUGAUGUAUUGUGUGGAUUAAGGACAUCAAUGUUUUGGGUCUUAAUAUGUUAUCUGCGAUCAUAGGUAACAAAGAGGGAUAUAAAGCAUUAAGAUUUUCUGGUGAUUGAGAGUGAUAUAAGGUGUUACUUGGAUUAAAAUUUAACGGGGAUUCUGGCAAUGAGUAAGAGUGAUAUCAAGGUAUAUAGAGUAUAUUGAAACUAUAUCGAGAUCUUAGGGUAAUUGAACGUCUGGGGUUUAAAGGAAUUAAGAUAUUUUAAAAUGCUUCAAUUUUUUAGGAAAAAAUUGCUUAUUUCAAAACUUUUUAAAAGUUAAAACGAGCGUUUGUUCGCCGCGAAGCGGCGAACAAACGCUCGUUUUUAAGAAGCCGAACCUUCAAAAUAUUUUUAAUUUAAAAAUAAUAAACAGAACGCCAAAUUAAAUAAAUUAUGUCUCUGUCUCUCUAAAUACUAUACUCUUUCUAUUCUUUUAUUCUCAAGCAAUACUUGCUCACCCACAUAUGCCCUCAGGCAGUUUUCUAAAUUUUUCGAUAUUCAGGUUUUGCAACUUCCCGAGUUUUGUCAUCUUCAGCCAAAAUUAUUACGAAUAUUGUUAAUAAAUGAAUAAAAAUCUUAAAAAUUUGAUUUUAUUAAAAAAUUCCUCUUUAAUUUUUCAACAACAUUUUCAUUUGGGGGCGCCUCUUUGUUUUCAUUUUAUGAAAAAGCAGGUAGCAGUCGAUCCAGAAAUUGCAAAAAUACGAGAAGAACGUAAACGUCGAAAACUUGAAAAAGCAAUUUUAAAAUUAAAACAAUUUGGUAAAAAGCCAAAACCUGUAGAAGAAAUUGGAAUUGAUGUUAAAUUAAUUAAUACAUUGGAUACUCGACGACGUGAACCAGAUCCUAUUAAUGAAGAAGAUGAAAUCAAACGAAUUGUUAUUUUGAAAGAAUAUGCACGUUCGAGGGUUUUACUUGCAAACGAGAACGUUCGUUGGAUUAAAGAUGCAACAAAACGCCAGUUCCGUGCAUUGGAAGCUUUAAAAAUGGUUUCGCCCGAAUUAUAUAAAUCUGCUGUUAGCAAUGAAAAUUGUGGUUUGCCGAGUAUUAUGGAAGGUCCAUCAUUAACCCCUCCAAUUGAAGGAUAUAAAUCUCCUGAUGGUGAUUAUAAAGAUGUAACAAAACAAUGGGUUCAACCAGAAUUGCCUCUCUUAAUUAAAAAAUUUGGUGUUGGAGUACUUAUUAAAACACCAACUUUCCAAAAGAAAUUAUUGGAGCAAAGGAAAAGUCAGGAAGGUGAAAGCAAAAAAGAGGAAGAACCUAAAAAGAAGACUGCAACUGCUUGA